AUGCGUUUAUCGUUUUCUCUCAUCAUCUUGAUCGUGCACUUUCUUGUUUCAUUGAGCAUGUUUUAUCUUAUACUUGCUGCCUCUUCUUCUGUUGUGCAACCCCUGUGCCAUGAUGAUGAGAGAUUUGCCUUGUUGCAAUUCAAGGAAAGCUUCUUCAUCAAUCAGUCUGCGUCCGAAGAUCCCUCUGCAUAUGCGAAGGUUUCAUCGUGGAAGCCUGAUCAAAUCAGUGAUUGCUGCAAGUGGGACGGUGUAGAGUGCAAUAAGGACACUGGUCAUGUCAUCGCCCUCGAUCUCAGUAGCAGUUGUCUUAAAGGUUUUCUCAACUCCAAUAGCAGCCUCUUCCACCUUGCUCACCUCCAAAACCUCAAUUUGGCCGACAAUGACUUUACCUCUUCUCCAAUUCCAGCUACUUUUAGGCAGCUUUCAAGGCUAACAAAUCUCAACCUCUCAGCCUCUGUAUUUUCUGGCCAAAUCCCUUCAGAAAUCUUAGAGCUCUCCAAAUUAGUUUUCUUGGAUCUCUCAAAUAAUUUGUUGUUGAAGCUCCAAAAAUCUGGCCUAACAGUUAUAGCUCAAAACUUCACAAACUUGGAAGUACUAUCUCUUGACCAGGUUGACAUAUCAUCCAAUGUACCCAAUAUCUUGGCAAACUUAACUUCUUUAACAUCUCUAUCUCUAAUCGAGUGUGACCUGCAUGGUGAGUUUCCCGUGGGAAUUUUCCAUCUACCUAAUCUUCAGCGUCUUCAUAUUGGGAUCAACAAAGACCUCACGGGAUGUGUCCCAGAACUUAACAGAACUAGCCCUCUUGUAUUAUUGAGACUUGGAUCCACGAACUUCUAUGGUGAGAUACCAGAUUCGAUUGGUAACCUAAAGUUCUUGGUUCAAUUGACUGCGUGUUUUUGCAAUUUCUCAGGAGAAAUACCAUCUUCACUAGGUAACCUUACCAAUCUAAGUCUUUUAGAUCUUCAAUCAAAUAGGUUGCAGGGUUCAAUUCCACAGUCAAUAUCAAGGCUUGUAAAUCUUGAUACUCUGUUUCUCAAUGAUAACUAUUUGUGUGGCACGGUGGAGUUUGAGUUGUUUCUGAGACUCAGAAACCUCAUUAAUCUCCAAUUAUCUAGAAACAAUAUUUCAUUGCUUACAAAGCCCAGUAUCAACUCAACUUUUGCAAAAUUUAGUGUAUUAUACCUAGUUGAUUGUGACUUGGGUGAGUUCCCAGAGUUUCUGAAGAACCAAGAUCAGUUGGAGCUAUUAGAUCUCGGUGGAAACAAAAUUCAUGGCCAAGUUCCAAAAUGGAUGUGGAACGUAAGUAUAGAAACUCUCUGUGCUUUAUAUCUGGAUGACAACUUUCUCACCGGUUUCGACCAACUUCCGGUUGUGCUCCCCUACAUUAAUCUAAGGCACCUGACGCUUGAUUCUAACAUGCUUCAAGGGUCAUUGCCAAUCCCACCACCUUCCAUUUCUCUCUAUUCGGUCUCAAACAACAACCUGACUGGAAAAAUUUCACAUUUGAUUUGCAAUCUAAGUUCCAUAACUGGUCUCUAUUUGUCAAUCAACAACUUGGGUGGCCUUCUUCCUCAAUGUUUAGGCAACUUGAGUGGUUCUCUAUCAUUGGACCUACACGGUAAUAACUUUCAUGGAACCAUUCCUCGGAUCUGUGGUGAAGCAAGCAAAUUGAUGAUGAUUGAUUUCAGCCAAAAUCAUUUACAGGGGCGUGUACCGAGGUCAUUGGCCAAUUGUGCCAAGCUUGAAGCUGUUAAUCUUGGUAACAAUCAGAUACAUGAUAUUUUUCCUUCCUGGUUGGGUAUUCUUCCAGAGUUGAGGAUUCUCAUUUUGAGAUCUAAUGAGCUCUAUGGUACAAUAGGAAGUUCUGAUAGCAAUUUCGAUUUCCCGAAAUUGCACAUCAUUGACCUCUCAAAUAAUGAUCUUAUUGGCAAGUUGCCCUUUGAACACUUCCAAAAUUGGAAAGCCAUGCAAAUUUUUGAUUUCGAGAGCUCAAAGUACGUGGAGGAAAACCAAACUCUAGUUACAAUUGGAGGAGAUUACUUGACGCAUUCCUACUCUUACUCAAUGACAAUGAUCAAGAAAGGCACAGAAACACUAUAUGACAAAGUCCCUGAUUUCUUAGUAGUUAUUGAUCUCUCGAACAACAAAUUUGAAGGAGAAAUCCCAGACAUGGUGGGGAAUCUGAAAGGACUUAAUAUGCUCAACCUUUCCUCAAACUUUCUCACUGGACCUAUCCCUGUUACAUUGGCAAACUUGACAGGGCUAGAAGCAUUGGAUCUGUCUCAAAACAAGUUGUCUGGUGCGAUCCCUCUGCAACUAACGGUACUCACUUUCCUUUCAUACUUUAAUGUCUCCCAUAAUCGUUUGACAGGACCUAUACCACAUGGGAAACAGUUUGACACAUUCGACAACAGUUUGUUCAGUGAGAACCCUGAAUUAUGUGGUAACCCUUUGCCAAAGAAAUGUGGGAAUCCUGAGGACUCACUGCCUCCAUUUUCAAGCCGCAACUUAGAUCAAUUCUCAUUUGAAUUUGGUUGGAAAGUAGUCGCAAUGGGAUAUGGGGUUGGAUUCGUGUUUGGAGCUGUGUCUGGGCAAAUCUUAAUCACAAAGAAGUAUGGUUGGUUUAUGAAGACGUUUUCUAUUGGGCAGCCGAACCGAAGAAGGGUGAAUUGGAGAGGCCGCAAAAAUUAA